AUGCUGUGGGAGGUGCCGUUAAGGUCUGCGGAUGCUGUGGGAGGUGCCGUUAAGGUCUGCGGAUGCUGUGGGAGGUGUCAGUAAGCUCUGUGGAUGCUGUGGAAGGUGUCAGUAAGGUUUGCGGAUGCUGUGGGAGGUGUCAGUAAGAUCUGUGGAUGCUGUGAGAGUGCUCAUAAGCUCUGAAGUUGCUGUAAUUAUUGUGAAAACGUAGGAAAGACCAUUAAUACGCAGUGAUAGUUACUUACUAAAGUGGAAACUGAAGAAAAUGGAAUGUUAACAGUAAGUUGAAGUACGAGAUGGUGGUCAUCUGGGCUGCCUUAACACUCACUGCUAGUGUUAUAUUCAGAGUCGUGCGUUAAACCCGUCAGAAUCCCAGCUUGACAGUUUUAAGGUGAAAGUGGAAUGUUGACGGUGGUAGAGGAGUUGGUGGGGAGGUAGCUGCAUCGAAGCUGCAGUUCACCACUACUACACCACCACUACACCACCACUACACCACCACUACACCAACAUCACCACUACCACAACACCAAAGCCACCACUACACCAACACUACCACCAACAGUGUCAUCAGGACUGCCACCAGCACUACCACCACCAGUAUAACGCCACUACACCAACAUCACCACUACCACAACACCAAAACCACCACCAUUACACCUACACCACAUACACCAACACCAUUAUCGCCAGUUCAUCUACACCACCACACACUACAAUAAUACCAUCAUAACACCACUACAAAAACACAACGUAAACAUUAACACCACUGUAACACCACAACACAACAAUCCUACAACACAACACCAUAAAAUAACACCACCAUCACCACAACACAAUAACACAACACCCCAACACUAUAACAGUACCACAGCACAGUAACACAACACGAUAACAUCACCAUACCACCAUCACAACACAAUAACGCCAUCACCACAACAAAGUAAAACUACCAUAACACCACCACACCUCCAUAACACCACCUUAACACCAUGAUUGACUGGGUGAGCAUCGUCCGUCACUCGCGCCGGAGAUUCAGUAACUACAUGUAUGCUGGACCGUCCCGCGUGCGGCGGCGGAGGAAGAAACCUAUCAUGCCUGCCGCAGCCGCAGCCGCCUCCUCCGCUCUCUCCGCAGCCACAGAGGAGAAGGAAGACAAGAAGGAAGAGGAGGAGGAGCAGGAGGAGGACGGGGUAGGGAUCAGGUGGAGCGCCCUGGUGGACAGACUUCAUCCUUGUGAUCUCUGUGGAUGCCUCAGUAAAAAACACAAAUCUCGCUACGACGACCAUGUGCCGCCUGUCAGUCCCGCCCAGAUAAGAGACAUGGAAAACCUUGAUGGUGUCCCUCGCAGUGACCACAACCACGACGUGUCUAAGAGCAAUGACAGGUGGCAGCAGCAUCGCCCCCGCGACCAGACAAAUGGCGGCCAGGACGAGUGGGAGAGUGAAGACAUCACUCUGGAGAGAGGCAACCAAGGUCUGGGCUUCAGUAUUGCUGGUGGCACAGACAACCCACAUAUUGGUUCUGACACUUCCAUCUACAUCACCAAGCUGAUACCAGGCGGAGCAGCGGCCACUGAUGGUCGACUGCAGAUCACGGAUGUCAUAGUGUCUGUUAAUGAUGUUAGUGUUGUUAAUGUUCCUCAUGCAUCGGCAGUUGAUGCACUUAAACGUGCUGGUAAUACUGUACAUUUGUGUGUUAAACGACGCAAGCGUCCCCCAAAUGUUGUGCUCAUGGAAGUAGAGUUGAUAAAAGGAAACAAAGGCCUUGGAUUCAGCAUUGCAGGUGGUAUUGGAAACCAACACAUCCCUGGUGAUAAUGGUAUCUACAUCACUAAAAUCAUGGAGGGAGGUGCGGCUCAUGUGGACGGUCGCGUGUGUGUUGGGGACAAGUUAGUUGCUGUCAGAGAUACUCCAUCUGGGGAUGUAAAUUUGGAAAACGUGACCCACGAAGAUGCCGUUGCCUGCCUCAAAUCAACCAGUGACCGUGUUGUGCUGGUCUUGGGUAAGGUGGUUGCCCCUCAAACUAAUGCCACUACAGACUUGGCCCUUCCUCCUUUACAACCUUCCCAGACUCGCCAUCAGGACCUCAUGCCCCCACCCCCAACGCCACCACCUGCACCUCUCGACACUUCCUCGGUCCACAAUGAACUUCUGAUGGAGGCCCAUUCAACCCCAGAUGACCUUGUAUCUAGAGAGCCUCGCAGAGUGAGCCUAGCCAAAGGAGUGACAGGUUUAGGUUUUAACAUCGUUGGUGGUGAGGAUGGUGAAGGAAUUUUCAUCUCGUUCAUAUUGGCUGGUGGACCAGCUGAUCUCUCCGGUGAACUAAGGCGGGGUGACCAGAUCCUUAAUGUUAAUGGCACUGAUCUACGCUCUGCUACACAUGAACAGGCUGCUCAAACUCUAAAGGGAUGUGGACAGACAGUAAAUCUGACAGUGCAAUAUAAACCUGAUGAGUACAAUCGCUUUGAAGCCAAGAUCCAUGACCUUAAACAACAGAUGAUGUCUGGCACUCUAAGAACCACACAAAAACGCAGUCUCUAUGUCAGAGCUUUGUUUGAUUAUGACCCCAACCGUGAUGACGGUUUGCCUUCUCGUGGUCUUGCCUUUAACUAUGGAGAAAUUCUUCAUGUCACUAAUGCUUCUGAUGAUCAGUGGUGGCAAGCCAGACGUGUUUUGCCAACAGGUGAAGAAGAAGGUACCACAGGAAUUAUUCCUUCUAAAGCCCGUUGGGAAAAGAAACAAAAAGCUCGACUUAGGUCAGUGGCCUUCCAGGGAAAGAAUAACAAUGACGCCAGGCAAUCAACGCUAGAAAGGAAGAAGAAGACGCUAUCAUUCAGUCGAAAAUUCCCAUUUCUGAAUAAAAGUAAAGACGACAAGAGUGAGGAUGGGUCGGACAAUGAGCUCGAUGAGGACUUUGAAGCCUCCAUAGCAACAAAUGACGGAGAGAGCGAUAGCCGAAGCAUGAGUGAGUAUUCCCUCUGCCCGCUAUGUAGGCUUGCUGAGGUAUUCAUCUUUGUGUGAAGUGUUCCUUCUUCA